AUGCCUCCUAAGGGAAAGAAGACCGCCCCCGCCCCCUUCCCCCAGGGAAAGGCUGGCACCAAGAAGGCUGCUAAGAACCCUCUCCUCGAGAAGCGCCCCAAGAACUUCGGUAUCGGCCAAGACAUCCAGCCCCAGCGCAACCUCGGUCGCAUGGUCAGGUGGCCUGCGUACGUCCGUCUCCAGCGCCAGAAGAAGAUCCUCAACCUCCGUUUGAAGGUCCCCCCAGCGAUUGCCCAGUUCCAGCAUGUUGCUGACCGCAACCUCGCUACCCAGGCUUUCAAGAUCCUCAACAAGUACCGCCCUGAGACCAAGGUCGAGAAGAAGGAGCGUCUGACCAAGGAGGCUACCGCCAUCUCUGAGGGCAAGAAGAAGGAGGAUGUCUCCAAGAAGCCCUACACCGCCAAGUUCGGUCUGAACCACGUUGUCGGCCUUGUCGAGAACAAGAAGGCCUCGCUCGUCCUGAUUGCCAACGACGUCGACCCCAUCGAGCUCGUCGUCUUCCUUCCCGCCCUUUGCCGCAAGAUGGGUGUCCCCUACGUCAUUGUCAAGGGCAAGGCCCGUCUCGGUACCGUCGUCCACCAGAAGACAGCUGCCGUCCUCGCCCUCACCGAGGUCCGCGCCGAGGACAAGACUGAGCUCUCCAAGCUCGUCUCCGCUGUCAAUGAUGGCUACCUCGAGGCCCACCACAAGGACGCUUCCCGCCACUGGGGUGGUGGCAUCAUGGGUGCCAAGGCCAACGCUCGCAUGGCCAAGCGCAGGAAGGCUCUUGAGAGCGCCAUCAAGAUCUAA